AUGGCCAUGACCAACAGCACAUCAAAUUCACCCUGUGGCCUCAUUGAUUCUGCCAUGCUCAUGGAUUCACAAUCUUUUUCUAUUUCUCAGAUUCUUGUCGAUGUAGCUGUGUCAACAGAGGACACCCUACCCACUGAAGUCUCUGGAGGCUCCUGCCUCAGUGAAGAAUGGAAGAACCUCAAUGGGAUACCUUGUAUUAUGGGUGGGAUGAGGGCACUUACUGCAUCACUUGGUGGAAUGCUCCAUGGGUGCACAAGUGCUGACUUCCCUUGGAAAACUCUCCCAAAGGAACUAGCUCACCUUGGGUAUGUCCUUACCAAUUACCCUGAUGAUACCUUGAUACCCGGUGAGCUGCACCCCUCUCUCUCUCGCACCAAAGGCAUCCACGAUCUGAGCCACCACCAUCGCGUCAAUCUCGUCAACCACCUCAAGGCAGGCACCCUCACCAUCCAAGCAGUGAAGAGUGAUGCUGCUCGUACACAUCUCACUACCUCAAAGGACCCCAUUAUAAUCAGAGAAGCCCCCUCAGCUUGCUCUUUGCACUCCCAUGGGCAGCAUGCAUUUGCUGAUGGUCAAAUUGACAGAAAGGGUCUUCCUCGUCUUAGUUUACCUUCUUCUUUACCUACUUCUUGUCGUCACACCCAAGUUAUUGUGGAAAUCACACGACCACCUCCUCGUCCAGCUUCUCAAGCAGUUCCAAAACCAUUUGCUGUGCAUAUCAGCGAUCCUAUCCCACACAUCGCUUCUGUCAAGGGGAGACCAUCCAGUUCCAAGGAUGAUGACAUGACUGGCAGUGCAAAUGAUGAGGACGAGUCAGAGUUGCAAUUUAGUGACAGUGAAAGUCACCCUGGCAUGAAGCUUAAUCUAUCAGACUACUAUUCUGACCCUACCAAUGACCAGGCAUCCUCACCUCCUGCAUACCUUCCUGCGUUAUCACCUGCUGCUAUGGAUUCCGAAUACAUGCAGGGAGGAUAUGUGCAGGAACAGUUUGGAGGUGGUCAAUACAAGGAUCCACCAACAGAACUCACUCCAUCAAGACUACACAGCAAAAUCAAGCCCACAUCACGCAAUGUUGGUAUCGCAAGGGAUGCUGCUAUCCAAUAUCUUUUCUCCAGAUUUCUGACUUUGUCCUUGCUGCUAGAGUUGAUGCACCCCAGCCAUCACAACUCUCCUUUCGUUGAGGCCAUACCUGCUCAAUGCCCUGCACAGACUCAAGAUCUAUUUUCUAGCACAUUGGCACCCACUAGCCAGCAGCUGCAGCCAGUCAUGCCUCAAAAUUUGGACGUAUUCACCCAGCAGCCCCAGUACGGUGCUCUUGAUCAAAACUCCAUGGUUCCUUAUAACCUUCUCACCAUACCAUCUGGAGUUUGGCCAUUGUGGCCCAUGCCAUCACCUCUGAUGGAACACGAGGCUCCCAGACUCUCCCCUAGCCCACUUGCUUCGUAUUUGCAGUUACCGACCUCACCACUUCUCAUGCCUACAGUUGCAGGCCCAAGCUCUCAGGGAGUGUCGGCAAACUCUUUGCCACCUCAAGGAGCUGUUCUGAUGAUGCAUAUCAUCCCACCAACUCCCCUCAAGCCUUUUGAGCUUUUGGCUCUGCCUUCUGCUGGUGUGCCACGUCACCGUGCAGUCACAUUCAGUCCAUCAGCCACUGGAAUAUCUCAAGUUGGGUCUGAUGUUAUGAUGGAUGAUGAUAAUGCUCCCAUUGCUGGUCAAUGUUCAUCAGAGACAAACUCUGCACUCGAAGAAGGGUGUGCUGCUUUGGAUGCCAUUGUCAAUGAUACUGCAAAGAAUACAAUGAAGGUAUCAACUACUAAGCUAUGGCACUACAAGGGAUGCCAAGUCAGAGUAUAUGUGUGGUCAUCUCAGCUCUGCCUAUGGCUGCUAUACUUUGCAAAGGCAAGUGCAUUUGACCCAAGGGGAAGCAAGUGCAACACAUCCACAGGUCGCACGAAGCGUGGGAAAGUCAUGCGUGCGAAGGUGAAGGUGCACGCAGAGAGUGUGCGCAAAGGGCUAGGAAUGCAAUGGGAACUAGAGGAAGAUGAUGACUGA